UUUCGUCGCGCUAAAUCGGCGGAUGUUUCAUGUCUCACCGACGGCGGGGAUGGCAUGGGAGGAGCCGGCAGCUGGAAUGCAGCGGGGCUGGCGGCGUGCCGCGGCGGCCCUUCCCCUCCCCUCCCCUGAUCUCAGACAGGGCUACGCUCGGCGAAAAUCGCUGCGACGCCUGCGAGCUCGGAUGGACCGUCGCUUGGUGACAAUACCGCACCGCGACCAGAGAGGGAAAGGAGCCGGGCAGAUCGGAAGGGGGAAUAUACAGGAAAACCAACGCUUGACUGUCUGAGGAGGCCUUGGCCAGAUCAUCCGCUCCACCAUCAGUAUCCUAGUGAUGCACAUCUCUGCGAUGAUUAUCUCCACUGGGGUGAAUCCCUCCCCCUUCCCCUUCUGAUAUCACGAUGGCCCACCGUUCGCAGCGUUCCUCGCUGGAGGACAACCCAUUUGCCCCAAACUACCUACCGCCCCACUAUCGGGAGGAGUACCGGCUGGCUAUUGAUGCACUGGUGGAGCAUGACUUGGAGGGGUACUAUAGCUUCCUGCAGAGAGCAGGCGUUGUGGACUUCCUCUCCCAACUGGAAGUGGAGCGCAUUCGGAAUACAGUGCAGGCACCCCGACAGAUCUCCCAGCCUGAGUUACUCUACUUGGAGUCUGAGCCUGAUGGCUCUUCCGAUACCUACUGGCCUGUCCACUCUGACAUGGAGGCACCGUGCCUGGACCUGGGCUGGCCGAUGAACCAGGGCUUCAUUGGCCCCACAGAGGUCACCACAUUGGUCAACCCCUCAGAUCCGGAGAUGCCCAGCAUCAAGGAGCAGGUCCGCCGACUCAUCAGAGGUGCCCAGCAGGUGAUCGCCGUGGUGAUGGACAUGUUCACAGACGUCGACAUAUUCGCUGACCUGCUGGCUGCCGCCGCGCGCCGCGUGGUCGUCUACAUACUGCUGGAUGAGCAGAAUGCUCACUACUUCUCCACCAUGGUCACCAACUGCAGAGUCAACUUGGAGAUGGUUCAGUCAAUGCGGGUGAGAACUGUGUCAGGAAGCACCUACUUCUGCUGCACAGGAAAGUCCUUCAAGGGCCAAAUGAUGGAUCGCUUCCUGAUGGUGGAUUGCAAAGCUGUGCUUAGUGGGAACUACAGCUUCAUGUGGACGUUUGAGAAGAUUCACCGCUGCAUUGCACACCUGUUUCUCGGGGAACUGGUCAUCACAUUUGAUGAGGAAUUCCGGAUUCUUUAUGCUCAAUCUGAGCCACUGGUCAUUGAGAAUUCCCUGGUGCCUGUUCCAGUACCUGAGAAAAGCAACUAUGGUGUCAGGCAGUUUAUGAACCCCAAUCCCAUGCAAAUGAGAAACUCCAGAGAGUUUCUGCACAUAGAGAGCCCCCACUUUUCUGAACUGCUGGGCUGUCCCUUGGAGGACCAUAUGGAGAUGGAACACAAUAUGCCACUUCUUAGGAGGAAGGACCACUUCCGUGGUUUUCAAGACCCUGAGACACAGCAGGUCUACAGUAAUAAAUACUCCUCUCAGCAGUUGAGGAUGGAGCGAUCUUUUAUGGGCUAUGACCGGUCCGUAAUGGCCGCCAGGCAGAUGGAGAUGAACACUUACAAGAGGCAUUGCUAUGCAGAAGGGAACCAGGAGAGCUAUUCCUCCUCACGGCAAAUUAUGAAGCGUCGUAUCAGAUACCAACCUGAGGAUGUGGAGUCCCUUAACAGCUACCAGAGGGAGCAGCACUACCGCCAAAGUGGAGGCUCUGGUUUGGGACAUGGCAUGUACAAUAAGCUACAGACCCAUGAACAUCCCUAUGCAGAUCAGUAUUCUGAGCAGUAUGAAUACCAGCCUGAGUUAGAGCCGCCUGAUGGUUAUAAUCGUGUGUUGGAUUAUGUAUCCUCUGACUCAUCUAGGGAGAUCAGGCACAGUUAUGAACCAAAACCAACUCUUGUUGAGGGCCACUGUGGCCAAUCAAGCACAAAGCGGCCAAGCCUUGGCCAGCCAUAUCCUUGCCAGAGCUCACCUGUUCAGUCACAUCCACCUGAUCAUAAGCAGCUCUUUGUUAAAUCCAAUCAGGAUCACCAGCCGCGAGACCCCAGUGUUAAACAAGGGCUGCGUAAGUGGAGGAUCAGCUCAUACCUCAGUGCUUUAGAGGAUGCCACAGAUGAGGGUAUGCCAGAACCCCUUGGUCCCGAUGCCUUUGACGAACCAGUACAUCAAUCGGAGGAAGAAUCGUAUGGUCUAGACGCUGAACAUUCCAAGUUUAGUGCCAGAGACCGUCCACAGAUUCCCACAAUAAGGCCAAAUCUGCUCCCACGCUUCGGUAAGCCAGUGCUUAAAGGAUCUGAAAACCAGCCUUACUAUGGGGCAGACUCUCAAAGAACAACAGAGACAGCAGAAGUCGCGUCAGAUUCAGAUUCAGGGUCAGCAUCCAUCACUGGGGGAGACAAAGCUGAGGAGGUGGAGCUCAGGAAACCUGGAGAGAUCAUAAGGCAUGAAUCUUUUCGGAACAGGGCCAAUCUUUCUGUCCUGAGAAGCUCCAGACUACGAUCUUCUUUGAUCUUCAGCUCUUCCCAGUUGGAACAGCACUUUUCCACAGAGAUGAAAUCUGCUACAGAACUGAAGCAUAAUGAAAACCCUGUUGAAGAAAAGGAAACUGAUCCACUGAAAACAUCCACUGUGGUUGCUGAGAUUUUGGGGAAGAGGAGAUUUAUGCCAAGAGAGCCCUAUGAUUGGAGCAUUCACAAGCAGAGGACUGUGCAGAAUGCUUCUUCAACCUCAAUAAAUAAAACGGAUGAGUGUACUAAUAUUUCUGUGGAGAAAAUGAACCUUUAUAAAGCCUCAUCUGAAACUUCACUUAAAUUUAUAGAGAUGCCAGACUGUACUAAUAUUUCAGAAAACAAGGACAUAUCCAUGGAUCCAGGACAAGACAAUCAGGCCAAUGUUGGACCUCAAGAAAAAACAGAGAUAACAGCAGGGGAGACAUCCAGACCCUUACAUGGAUUAACCUCAUUCAUAAAUAUGAAUGAUCCGGAGGCUAGGUUAAAAUAUUUUAAAGAAUUAGCUGCUAAGCGAAAGUCUUCGAAAACUGAAAAUAAGUGUGAAGCGAAAAACCCAGAACCUCCUGUCAAAAAUACAGAUCUGUCCCAGACACUAUUUAAGAAUUCCUCAACAACACAUGUAGGGUCUGGCACCACAAGUGUUUCAAAGGAACACAAAAUACCAAUGGAUUCUGCAAAUGGACAUACAACGGAACAACACAAGACUGUGCUGGAGGAACCAGCUAAGACGACAGAAGGCUCCCACAAAGUUGCAGAAAGCACAAUCUCAUUCAUAAAUAUGAAUGAUCCAGAGACUAGGUUCAAAUAUUUUAAAGAAUUGGCUGCUAAGCGAAAGGUUUCAAAAACUGAAAAUAAGUCUGAAACAAAAAAUCCAGAACCUCCUGUUAGAAAUACAGAUCUGUCCCAGAUAGCAACUAAGAAUUCCUCAACAACACAUGUAGGGUCUGGCACCACAAGUGUCUCAAAGGAACACAGAAUACCAAUGGAUUCUGCAAAUGAACAUACAACGGAACAACACAAGACUGUGCUGGAGGAACCAGCUAAGACCACCGAAGGCUCCCACAAAGUUUCAGAAAGCACAACCUCAUUCAUAAAUAUGAAUGAUCCUGAGACUAGGUUCAAAUAUUUUAAAGAAUUGGCUGCUAAGCGAAAGGUUUCAAAAACUGAAAAUAGGUUUGAGCCAAAAAACCCAGAACCUCCUGUUAGAAAUAUAGAUCAGUCCCAGACACUAACUUAUAAUUCCUUAACAACACAUGUAGAGUCUGGCACUACCAGUCAUUCUGAGGAACACAUAAAAUUAAUGGAUUCUGUAAAUGAACAUUCAAAGGAGAAACGUAAAAUUGUGCAAGAAGAACCAGCUAAGAUGACAGAAGGGUUUAUGAACAUGAAUGAUCCAGAGACUAGGUUCCUGUAUUUUAAAGAAUUAGCUGCUAAGCGAAAGGCCUCCAAAAUCGCAUCUGAGUCAGUCGCUAAACCUUCUUUAAAUACUACAGACCCUUCUGAAGCUUCAGCAGAUAGUUUAGGCAUUAAGCCUGAGAUCUCAGUAACUGGGUCAAAACCUAAUGUUUCAAUUUCUGAAGUCUCUCAGAGUCAAGCUGUGGUUCCACUGGUCCCAGAACCUUUGACACUUGAUCAUCUGGAGCAAGACAUAAAGAAUGCAAGUCAGCAAGAGCUUAACCGCAUAGCUGAGAUGGUCAAGAAGGAGCCAGCAGUCAAACAGCAACCUAGCGUUUUAGAUGAACAGGACACUUUGAGAGCAUUCAUGUCAACAUCUACUACUGCUUCUGCUUUGUCUUGCAAUGAGGAGCUUUUGCGAGAUGCUACUGAUACACAGAAGACUCAGCUAAUGAAGUCACGCCAUCACAAUGCCAGCAACAUUUUCUUUUGUGAGCCAAGUAAGGCAUUAGACAAGAGUCAAGGGUCUGGCUCAUCUCCCGACACCGUCCCCCUCACUGGAGAUAGUAAGCAGGAUUUUGAGGUCCAUGACCACCUUGACAGUCAAGUUCAGAAAGUGAAGGGAAGAGAAGGUGAUGCUAAACCUGUAACUGAAAAUGUAACAACUGUAAUCACUGGCACUGAAAAAUCAGAGCAGUUAGCCAGUGAAGCAGAGCACGUCUCCAUGCCUGAGAGCAGUGUUGAUGUACCUGGGACAGCUCAGAGCAAAGGGGAGGAUGUCAACCAAAGUGCACAUGUUUUAACAUCCUCAAGAAACAGUCAGUCCCGUUACCAGGCUGCCACCACAAGCAUUCUGUAUAGCAGUAACCUCCGGGAUGACACCAAGGUCAUACUAGAACGGAUCUCUGCAAACAGCCAAAGCAGGAUGGAGCUGGCUAAGCAAGCUGCCCCCAUUACGGAUGAUGCCAAAGAAGGUGAGAACGCGCACGGUGCAGACAAGGCCCCGGAAAGUGUGGCAGCUGGGCAGAGCACAAGUCACGUCCAGCACAACAGGGCUAACCCUCAGGACAGAGAGGUCCUUUUGAAGAGGAUGGAGAGCAUGCGCAAAGAGAAGAAGGUCUACAGUCGCUUUGAGAUGGGAUCGUGACCUUGGAUGACAAAGCAGAGGGUGGGGAAAGACAACUGGUGCUUCACAAAAGAUCUAACAGUCUUCUGCUGUGGAUCUUGCGACCAGAAGUACGACUUUGAAACAUGUAUUGCACACACAUUUUUGUGCAUCUUGCUGGAUUGCAUUAGGUUUUGGAAUGUGACUGCUUCUGCCGCAACUAUAUGUCAAGAACUAUCUGACUGCAUCCAUAAUAUAUGUAUUAUGUGUAGGUUUCAUUGUGGACAUGACUGUUGGCAUAUGGUGUGUGGCCCCAUCUGUGGGGAGCAAGCAGAUAAUGGAUGUACAUACAUACAGGCAGGUACACCUGCAUGAGCAACCUCAGAUAGUCACUCAGAAUCCUCAGUUUGGACUCCAUACCAGGCAAACGCCGGGCCAUAGCCUUAGUUAGGGACCACAGCUGUUCCCCACACCUUUCAAACAGGGUAAUUCUGUGCGUGGCACCUAAGGGUUUUUGUUUAUUUAAACCAAUGUCUGUGUGAUUUUUAUGGGCCACAAAGUGCAAUGCAGUUCAUAUCACCAAUAGUCAUUGUUUACAUUAAACCUCCCAUGUGCCUUAAGCCCUUCAAGGCAGAGAUUCAGCACAUAUGCAGGUAAACGCAGAACAUCUUCAUCAGCAGGGGGACAUGGAGGCGCAGUGCUCAGCACUGUUCCCUCACACCUCUCGGACCAGGGUUCGAGUCUCCACCUUGGCUCCAUGUGUGUGGCGUUUGCAUGUUCUUCCCAUGACGUUAUGGGGUUUCUUCUGGGUACUCUGGUUUCCCCCCUCAGU